AAUCUCAGAAAGACCUCGCAAAACGCAACACAUUUUCCUUCCCCGGAGCUUUCUUACUUGGGGCCUGCGCACAGGCGAAGCCAACUCGCUUCGAGGUAUUUUUCCUUGCUCAUUGCCAUCCCCAAAAAUGCCUGCCAACCUCAAAAUCCAACUACUUCCAGGGCACACCCAGUGAAAAAUCACCCGCUUCCCUCAAGUUUCGUUCAUGAUGACCAAAUCAUGGCUACCCGUAAUUGUCACAGCUCUUGUUUUACAGGCACUUGGGGCCGUUUCAGUUGUGGUACCGAGUUCCAAUUGCUACGUCCUCGAUAAUUCUAGUCACAUUGUUGAUUUUAGUAGCUGGGUUGGGCAUAAUUUUGAGUAUGAGAGGAAGGACCAGAAGGACCCUGACUUGGCGGUUCAAUUUUGCAAAGAUGUGGAGACUAGAUCGCAAGCGGGAUAUGUGAAUUUUGGCCGAUUUGAUAAGCUCAGCUACUUCGUUACUGGUUCAGGGCAAGUUGAUUUUGUUCAAGGUUAUUUCAAUGGUGACCUGAGGAAUUGUGAGCUCAGUUAUGACAAAAUGGGACGUACAGCUCAGGUAAAUGUUAUAUGUGGAAGUUGUUUAAAUGGAGAAUGCAAAGGUAGUCCUGGAUGCAUAUGCAAUGUUACCUAUGAGUCAACUUGCAGAGUUUUUGUUGAACUUGCCAUUCCAUGUGAGAGAUUGGGUCCACGGGUAUUUGAGGGCUUCACUGUUGGUUUUCAUCCACGAUCAUGGGAAAUUGUUUACAAUGGUAUGACCCAAUUGGGUUUUGAAAAGUCUUACCGUGAUUUCAGCUUUACGACUGAACAAGUUCAUGUAGCCCUUUAUAUGACUGCAAUUGCUUCUCUAUCAAAUUUGGUGCAGAAGCCUAUUAUUGAGGUUCUUCCAGAAAAUGGCCUGGAGGUUCAGUUAUCAGGCUCAGGGGCAACUGGGAAACCUCCUACGACUUUGUCGCCCACAGUGCUGAUUGUGGAUUGGAGAUGUGAGAAGGCCCUUGAUACUCCAUAUGAAGUUAAUGUCACUAUCCCAAUAGAGGGUUAUGAACCCAUUCAGUUCAUUCUUACAAAAAUGUGUGAAUAUAGACAGGAUCAAGGGGCAGAUGCAACAAGAGGGUGGGCUACAUUUGGAGUGUUAUCGUGCAUAUUCAUUGUCUUUUCAACAGUGUUUUGUUGCGGAGGAUUCAUUUACAAAACUCGAGUGGAACGCCUGCAUGGGAUUGAUGCAUUGCCGGGCAUGACAAUACUAUCUGCUUGCUUAGAAACUGUGAGCGGAGCAGGGCAAAGCUACUCACGAGCAGAAGACCUUAACAGUGCUUUCGCCAAAGCCUCUUGGGAACGCCCGGCUGUUGUUUCUACUCAAGGAGCUUCCAGACAAGGUGAAAAGAAAUAUGGUUCCAUCUGAAUUCCAUAUAGCUCGUCACAUUCCAAUUGAAUACUACAAAUCACACAUGUAUCAACCAAAGAUGUGCGGGAUCAUGAAGUUUCACAAGCUGUUCUAUCAUACUAUUAACGAAGUUUACAGCAAGAGUUUGUAAUCACCCAUGUGAGUAUAUUCUCCUAAAUUCAUUUACUGCAUUCUUUCUUCUUGUAUUUGUUCCCUUUACAUCUUAGAGAAUCUAUAUACAAUAUUGUCCACAUGAAGUUGCCGAGUUUCUUAUUAA